CAACCCCCAUUCCCAAAUCCGUGGUACCUCAAUCCUGUCUAUAAUCCUUAUUGUGUGUCAGCAGCAGGGUUCAGAAAUGGAAACCCAUACAUUCCAUAUUAUUCAGUUGCUCUACAUGAGUACCCUGGAUUUCUCUUGCCACAGGCUCCUGUGCCCACCAGAGUGAACAGAAGGCCGUAUUUUCAUCCUCAGCCUUCAUUUCCUAUGUUCCAGCCUGUUGCACGUUUCUGUCAUUAUAGCAGCUCUGGGAAAAAAAUGGAAACCAAAGAGACCCAGACUGAUCCACAACAGCCUGAAAGCAAGUUGAAAAAGCAACAAGUCUUAACAUUAGAUGCUAAUGGCUGCAAUAUGAGUGGCAUUACAGGUAGAAUGACUAGUAUUGCCUCUGGAAAAAAAGUUACCAGUUUGUCUUCCCCUGUACAAGAGAGACAGGUUCAUAGUAAGAACUCUUCUGCACCUACAGUGUACAGAAACAUUCCUCCAGGGAAAUAUGCCUUUGAAAAGGAAGAGGUAAGAAUAGAAUAUGGAGAUGGUUCUCCUGCAAUACAGCUUUGGAAAUCCUUUAAAGAAACCAUCCCAAUUUAUGAUUUGACACAUGGCAAAAUGGCACCGGAGAACAUAGUACAGUGUGAUUUGUUUUCAGUGAGCUCCUGUGAGAGGAUGGGAGUUCUAUAUACCCCUCAUAAGGGAGAGGAAAUGCCAACCAUAGAAUGUUCAGAAGAAGACAAAGCUAGUGCUAUGCUGACCAAACAGUAUCUUGAAGCUGUACAAGAUAAAGAGGUCCAGAUGCCAGGACCUAGCCUGGAAGGAAGUUUAGAUAAAGAUAAAGAAAGUGUAACCACUCAGAAAUGUUCAGACCCCCUAGAUACCAGAAACCAAUGGCAACCUGAUGAGCUGAACAGAUUGGGUAAAAAGGCCCACUCAAUGGCAAGUUCAAGCCUGUCAGUGUUGAUACCAAAUAGGUCUACUCAAGAAUUGAACCAGCAAACAGAGUCAGUUUGUUCUAGCAUGGAGGCCAUCAAUAACCUGAGUCAAGAGCCCCCCAGCCCAAAUAGACACAAUGGGCAGACCAAGUUAAGAGAUGGGUUUUGGAGCAACGAAUUGGAUGAGUUCAUUCCCCCUCCCACCUGGCUGGCUCGAUUUGAGAAGGUUGAUGCGAGCAUCCAUCCCUUGCCUCAGAGAAAGAGCCCAAGUGUUAGCUCUGUGGAGCCAUCCUCUAGAAGUGAAGAGUCUUCCCUGGACAAUGUGCCUAUGACUGACAUUGUACUUGAGAAGAAUACGUAUGUCAAAACCACAGAGGGCACUGAACAAGAGGCUGAGAUCCAGGACCAUCACUAUAAUGAGGAGGAGGAGGGAGUGAUGAUGAGUGUCUCUCUGAAGCCGAGUCUGAAGAUUUGUGGGGAGUAG